AGUCAUAAUACAGGCAUUGAAGCCUCAAUCUAAUGAAGACCAGGUAAAUGCGCCAAUGCACGCAUACUCGUGAGACGGGGUUGGAGCUAUGGAGUCGCCGGGGCCGGAUACGAAUCGGUACACAGCGGCUCGGUCGUCAGUGAUCGACUCGUUCAAGGGGUGCUCGAUAAUGUCUGGGCCCCGGAUUCCAAAGGAGGAACUCAGGCGGAAGAUUACAAUGCCCCUGUACCUCCGCCUCGCCAUCCGCGACGCAAUCCUCUCCAACAACGUCGCUUUUGGGAACCACCACCACCCCCUCCACGCCUCCGGAGAGGCCGUUCAUUCGCCAGAGUCACCUCUCGUCGUGUUCAUCAAUUCCAGGAGCGGCGGCCGGCACGGCCCCGAGCUUAAAGAGAGGCUUCAGGAUUUGAUGGGCGAACAACAGGUUUUUGACCUUCAAUUUGUGAAGCCUCAUGAAUUUGUUAAGUAUGGAUUAGGUUGCCUGGAGAACUUAGCUGAUCUUGGGGACACAUGUGCCAGGGAUGCUCGUGAGAAGCUGAAAGUUGUGGUUGCAGGAGGGGAUGGCACGGUUGGUUGGGUCCUAGGAAGCCUUGGAGAGCUUCACAAAGAAGGGCGGGAACCAGUUCCUGCAACAGCAAUCAUUCCUCUUGGUACAGGAAACGACUUAUCUAGGAGUUUUGGUUGGGGUGGCUCCUUUCCUUUCAAUUGGAAAUCAGCAAUCAAAAGUAGUCUUGACAGGGCUACUAGAGGUCCAAUUUGCCGUCUAGAUAGCUGGAUUGUUUCAAUAUUAUUGCCAAAUGGGGAAGUUGUGGAUCCACCCCAUUCUUUGAAGCCCGUGGAAGAGUGUUUCCUUGAUCAGGGAUUCGAAAUUGAUGGGGAGUUGCCUGAGAAAAUGACUUGCUAUGAAGGAGUGUUUUACAAUUAUUUCAGCAUAGGAAUGGAUGCACAAGUUGCCUACAGCUUUCACAAUUUACGCAAUGAGAAGCCUUACCUUGCACAAGGUCCUAUUGCAAACAAGUUGAUCUACUCUGGCUAUGGUUGUACACAAGGAUGGUUCUUCACACCAUGCAUGAGUGAUCCAAGUUUAAGGGGGCUCAAUAACAUCGCAAGGAUGUACAUUAAGAAGGUAAACAGCUCAGAAUGGGAACAAAUUUCAAUUCCAUCAAGGUCACUAGUUGCUUUAAAUCUCAAUAACUAUGCAAGUGGAAGAAAUCCAUGGGGUAAUCUGAAGCCUGAUUAUAUGGAGAAGAGAGGCUUUGUUGAGGCUCAUGUUGAUGAUGGCCUUCUAGAAAUAUUUGGCCUUAAACAAGGAUGGCAUGCUUCCUUCGUUAUGACUGAACUUAUUUCUGCCAAACACAUUGCUCAGGCUGCAGUGAUACGUUUCGAGUUUAGAGGUGGAGAAUGGCAAGAAGCUUAUAUGCAAAUGGAUGGGGAGCCGUGGAAACAGCCAAUGGACAAGGAUUACUCCACAUUUGUUGAAAUUAAGAGAGUGCCAUUUCAAUCGGUUAUGAUCCAUGGAGAGUGAUUGCAUCAACUUUCUCCCAAUCUGAUCGAGUUUUCUAACAUCCAAGUAAAUCAAUUGAUCUUUCGUCGGCUUCUAACUUAUAGUUGUGUGAUUCUAGCUAUGAGAACCAGUGAUUCUUACUCAAUCCUUUGUGAAUAAAUUGGUUUAGACUGACAAGUGCUGCAUGUACUAGGUACCUAUGAUUAUCUAACAUGGUAAAUCACACCAAAUUUGGCCUCUUUCAAUUGUUAAAGGGCCCUUUGAUCUUGUGGAGAAAGUGUUUUUGAGCAACUGUUUUAUCAAGGCCCAUUCUUGGAAAGAGGAGAUGCUGUGCUCAUCUCACCGUCCGUUUAGACAAUCAAUGGG